GGUGCGCUUACAAAACGCCGGCUGGCGGCGGACGGGCACGCGCUCCCAGACACCCACCUAUCCACCCACCAACGCUCUUGCACGCGGACAGACACGAACCGACAGCCACUCUUGAGGGAAAAGAGUGUUGAAUGCAAUUUGGCGGUGAAAGUGCAAACUGCAGCGCGGGGGCGGGUCGAAGGCGAAUCGGAUGGGGUCGCGUAGGGAUGGGUCUCACGAUUCAGGGGGCUGCUGCGGUCGAAGCCACUUGGAGCGAACGUUGGCAAUUUUCUGGCGUUAUUUUUGGAUUAAGCAGCGCCAAAUUGUAACAGACGAACGAACAACGACCGACAAUUAACGAUUAACAUUAAGUCCAACAGAAACUGAAAGCUGAAGUGGGGGAAAACUGAAAAGUGUUUGGAAUUCUGUUUUCCAACAACAACAGCAACAACAACAGAACAGCCACAAGCAACCAGAAACCAGAGAACACCAACAAAAAGAGCAACAACUUGUAAACCACUCUUAAAACGAUAAGCGGAUCCAAGUCCCACACAGAAGUUUUUACUACGAGAAAAAACUGCAGAAGAGUUUGGGGCAGAAAAUUUAAAAAAAUAUUUUUUAUCAACAAUAUUUUUCGAAAAACUUUUUGAAGAAACCCGAACAGCAUCAGAAGAAAGAAAGAGAAUAAGAGAGGAAGAAAAGCCAAAGCCAAAGCCAAACUCAAACAGCAAGCAGAAGAAAGCAGCAACAAGCAGCGACAAGCAGCAGAGGAAAAGCAGUUGGAAAAAAGAAAAGAAACCAAAGCAAAGGAGAUAUCAAAAUGGCCGCCCUACAACGGAAGCUGGUGCACAAGCAGUUCAACUCCCCAAUGGGCCUCUACUCCCAGGAGAACGUCAAGGCCACGUUGAACCGCGAGCUGAAGGCCUUCGGCGGCGAGGGGAUUGAAGUCGACGAUCAAAUCGCCAAGCCCCUGAACCUUGCCAAUUCGGCCGUUCUAAGAGCUGUCGAAGAGGAAGAGCAGCAAGCCAAAUGCGACUUUUACCCCCAAGAAAGACAGAGUCGCACGCGACAGCGUGAUGGGGAUGGCCUGCAUCAUACGCUGCACCAGCAGCUGCUGGAUCAGAUCAAGACCCACUACCUCAGCCACCAGCAGGACAUCACCAUCGACCGGGACACGGUGCUCAAGAUCAAUCGCAUGGCCACCAAGCGACAUAUGCUCAAGCGGGAUCACAGCUGGCCGCCUACGGAGGCGGAAGCGGUGGCAAUAACCGCAAGCAGCCCGGAUCUGAGCCACAUCCCCUCUUGUGCCUCGCACAGCAUUGAGGCACUGCGCGAGAAGUUCCAGAGUCCGACGAUGAUCAUCGAACCCACGGCCAAGCAGGUGCGCGAACAGAGGCAACGAGAGGGCUCCAAGGAGCGUCCAAUCACACCUCUUAGAACCACGGAACUGCAGUUGGCCCAGGUCUACCACCAGACGCCUGUUGCGAAGGGCUUCUCUGCCCCGGAGACCAAAGCAGCCGAUGUAGAUCUGGGUCUGGUGGCCCCCCGAUGCGAGUACUACGAGCAGCUGGCCCACAAGCGACCCACAACGCCCACAACACUCACGAUCACUCCUUACAGGCCAAGGCCCAAGCGACAGGCCUACUCCCUGGACCGCGGACGCUCCCGCAAGCGGACGGUGGCAGCAGCUGGAGCUCCAGAGCUGCCGCCGCCCAAGCCACGAUCCACGAAGGUGCCGAAGGUCCAGCGCAGAUGCAUCAAGCUAGCCACCGAAGUGAAGAUCUCCUACGAUAACGAGGCCGAUAGCGAAGAGGAGGACAAGCCCAAGCCCAAGGUCGCUACCAGCCAAGAGGUGGACUUGGAGGCCGUUCCGCUGCCACCGAUACCCAGAGAAGCCCAAGCAGCUGCCGCCCAGAACGAGGGCUUGCCAAGAAAGUCACCAGCGGUAAUUGACAGCCUGGCAGUCAAGCGGCAGCAGCAGAUGGCUCUGGCCCUGGCCAGCACCAGCACCGGCACCGGCCGUCCCAGUCAGAGUCCGAGCCAGGAGCUGGGUGCUGGUACCGCCGCCACUCGCAUCAUACCAGUCCGCGUUGAGGCAUCGGGCGAUCUUCAGCUUCAGCCGAGUGCCCAGCAGAUCUACGACGACGCCUGCACCUACCUGCAGCAGGACCAGCAGGAGAUGGAGGAUGCAUCCAAUGUCCAUGCUCCCUGUGGCACCACCUAUGUAAGCGCAACCAGUGGCAUCAAGCUGCUCCAGCGGCAGGCCAGUGUGGCCAGGACAACAACCAACAGCAACAGUGCUCCCACUCCACCACCUCCACCACCGCCGCCAAUGCCAGUCCCUCCCAAGAUGCGGCCCAAGUCCGGCGAGGAAUCAGUGGCCAGGGCCAAGCAAGCCCGUCGCCAGGGCGGAGUCUACAGCACGGAAACGGCGACGGAAUCAGAGGCGGAGAAGCAACACGAGGCUCAUGUGGAGAUUUCGCAGCUGGAAGCAAAGUAUGCCCACAUACAGCAGUCCAUAGCGGAGCACCUGCGUCAGAUAGAUACCUACAUGGAAAACGCUAAGAUGGCACUGCAACGGAGUGUCCAAACCACUCCUGUGCCCACAGUCGAAGGCGCUGUCACUGCCACUCCACCUCCUCCACCACCACCACCACCGCCUCCUGCUCCAGCAUCUCUGCAGAUCAGACCAGAUAGCGGCCACAACGAAUUGUGGGACAUGUUCUCCUCGCGCCAGUCGCCCAUUCUGGCCGUGGAGAGUCCUCUGCAAGCGAUACUCCGUCAGAUCUACUGCCGUGCAUCGGGAAGACCCGGCAGCGUGGCCAAAGAAGAGUCCAUAGCGGAGGCGGCCAACGAAGAGAUCACCGAGAAUGUGCCGAUUGUGGAACGAGCCCUCGAGGACCUGCACAGAAUCGCCCUGGCACUGGACAAGCAACAGGGGCAGCCACAGCCGGAUCUGGCGAUGGAACAGCAUCAGAAGCAGGAUCUGGAGAAACUAUUGCAAGUAGAACACAUGACGACGCCAGCUGCGGUCAAAGCUCAACACGUUGUCAUCGAGGAUGAGGAGGAGGAUGCGGAAGAUGCGGAAGAUGCGGAAGAUGCGGAAGAUGCGGAGUACCGACAUGUGUCCGAUGUGAUUGCCAACUACGAGCAGCUCUCAACGGGAAAACCGCCCCAGCAAGAGACAAAGCAGGACGCAAAACCAGACGCAGAGCCAGAGAGUCAGUGCCACAAGGAAGAGGAACAGAAGGAGGAUAAGGAAAAGGAUGAGCAAUGCUCCCAUCAGGAUACCACCACCACCGAUCACAGCAUCUGCUGCCCGGUUUGCAAUGAGCUUCGCUACUCCCCGAACAACUGGAGCAAGCUCACGAAGGCGGACCAGUGGCGCAUCGCCAACCUGCACAACGAGCCCAUGGAGAACUACAAGGCCACCUACGAGAUACGGAGUCCGUACAUAUCCCGCCAGAUCUCCUGGGAGGACACCCAGAGUGCGGAGGAGAAGUCAGAGAGAACCGAGAACCAGCAGCCGGAGAAACUGCAGCGUCAGCGCAGCUUCGUGGAGAUUGUGACCACGCGAGCCCCAGAUUCUCCUCCUCCUCCUGCACCUCCUCCACCGCCUCCUCUGCGUUUGAAUCUUCCGGCAGCGGAGAUCACCUGGCAGCGGAGUAGAUCGCCCAGUCCUCUGUCCUCCCGAAAGUAUCCGGCGCCACUGAUCGAGGCACCGCACCGGGCCAGCUCACCCUUUGGGCUCAAUCCGGUGAUUGGCAAGAUGCCCCCCGCGCCUUCGCCAUCGCCAUUGCCACUUCCUCCCACAGCUCUGGAGUCAAAGUUCUCGCACGUCCCCCAAUUGGAGGGUCACAACAUCGGGCUGCUCGUCCGCACCGCCACGGAACCCCUGCAGCAGAGCAUGGUUGCCUCCUCCUCACUGCUGGCCUCCACGCCCCCAGCCACACCCCGGUCUGCCCGGGGUCAACCAUCACCUUUUGAUUUUUCAGUGGACUCUAGCAAGUUCAGAUCGCUGGCGGCCAGCGAGGACGAGUCGGAGCCGUCCCGACAGCCAUCCGUGCGGGAUUUCAAUGUAAAUCGAUCGUUCGAUAAUGUAUCGCCACGCCCCUAUCUGGGCAUUGAAGGCUAUAAGCGCGUGGCCUGGCCACCCGCCUCGGAGGAGCGCAUUAUCCGUGAGUUCACUCCGCAACCGCAGACCCAGAGCCCGGCACCCGGAGCUGGCGGCUACUAUCCCCAGCCAACGGCAGCUGCUCCACAGCCAAGUGCUGUUCCAGCUCAGGGUCCCAUUUAUAACAACGUCCAGCCACGAUCCACUCCAACACCUCAGCCACGAGCCACUCAGCCACAGGUACAGGCACAGGCACCUCAGCAGCAAUUCCAAUACGGUUCCACACCUGCCCAGGGUCCGGUUCCCUCUCAGUACCCAGACCAAAGCUAUCCCCAUGAUCAGCAGCCCGUGCAGUACACACAGGCGCAGUUCAAUAGACAAUCCUCGAGGGAGCUUGUCCAGGCCCCAGCUCCAGCGGCUGCUUCCGAUGCGUAUCCCAACUAUCAGUCGAACUACCAGAGGCAGCCAUCGCAGGAGCCCCUGAUGGCGUUGGACAAUACGGGCGGUGGCUGGAAGCCCAUUCGUGCACCGUUGCCUAAGUCGCACCAUGACUACACUCCGGCCGGAGGAGCACCUUACCAGGGAUCAGCCCCUCAGCAGCAGCAGCGACCAGCCUAUCUACAGCAGCCCCAACAACAGCAGCAGCAACUGCCGUAUUCGCAGGAUCAGACAGAUCAGCAGCAGCAGCAGCAGCACCAGGUGCCCGUUGCCUUUGCUGGCCAGGACGCUGGCUAUCGUGGCGCCAGUCCCGGCAUCAUUACCUUGCGUAAAGAGGCACCCGUCUCGCAGCAGUCUGCGCCAGUCUACACUUCGCAGCCUGCCGCCGUCAGCUAUCAGGGAGGCAGCAAAUUGCGCGGAGAUUUGAAAUGGCCACCACCAGAGUACAAGGAAGCGGCUGCACGCGAGAAUGAGGAACGUCGCCAGUUGGCCUUGGGCCCUGUCUGCCGUCCCAGAAAAGUAAAUAGGAACAACUUUCGUCAGGACUACACAUCCUUCUUUGCCAAGCAUCAGCUGAACAACGCCUAUCCCAGCUACAAGGUGCCCCCAGGCACCCAACACAUGUUCGCCUAAGUCUGGAGAAUCGGUUGGUUGUAAGAGACGCAGCAGGAGAGGAGCAGAAAGAACAUAAAUUCAAUGGAACCCACUUCAUAAUAUAACACUAGAAACGAUCACACAAAUGUAUAUGUUACUAAAACGAGAAACUAACGAACCAAACCACACUAUCUAUAGAAUAUACAUAUACAAUUGUUAUACUAAUCUUAAAUGACCACUAACGACGCCAUAUAUACAUAUAUCUAUAUAUCAUAUAUAACGAAACGAUUGCCAGGGGUCUGUAGAACCCCUGAGUAGAUGAAAUACAUUACUACAGAAGAGCGGCUGUGUUCCACUCGCCAAACAAUGGAUCCCCUCCGGCUAGAACGGAAUGGACCCAUUGGUAAAGUACAUACCGAACUGGAACUGCAACCGCCCCUUAAUCCAUAAAUGACCCAAAAGGAAUGACCCAAGAACCAAGAAACCAGGGCAUUGGAUAACGAAGGAGGAAGAGAUGAUUCUCUAUGUACCCAUACUAUAUACACAUAUUUUGGAGCAUGUGCAUAUAGUAUGGCUAAGAUAGCAGAAGUUGAGAACUAUAUAGUAAACCAUAUAGCGAUAGAUUCUAAGAUAUGUAACAUAAUUGUUACACUGUUAACUAGCAAAUGAAACGGAAACGAUGCGACCCAAGACGGAAACUGAAAAUGAGAUUGAAACCUUGUUCUAGAGCCUAAGGCAUUACUAAUCUAUUAUAUUCUAUUAUAUAUAUAACGUGGAUCCUGCCGGAUAGCUAAGACUAAGGCCCCGUUUCGGCGCCACCUCUUGGCCUAGGGCAAGCACCCCCACUAACUGUAUAUUGUAAAACGAAAGGAGUGCAGCCCGAGGCGAAGAUCUUGGCUCAGCCCUUGAAAAAGAGUACACUUAGGAGCUGUCCGGCUAGGCGUCUUAUUGUUUAUUGUUUGAAUUUGCAUGCUUUUUUUUUUGCUUAUAUCUAUACUAUAUAUAUAUACGAUAUACUUUAUGACCAAAUGGUCGACCAGCACAUGAAAAAAAAACCGUCAAAUAACCCCCGCAUAGAAAGUUAUACUACAAGAUGAAGCUACAACGCCAAUCAGUUCUGUGAGUCAUCAUCAGUCAUCAAUGAAAACAACGAAAUCAACCGAAAAGUGCCCCAGACCCCCCAUUCAGACCCCGGAAUGACCGAUCUUCCCACCCCACAAAGGCCGGCAAUACAGCUUGCCCCAUGCACUGGAUUGGCAGAGUGCCCCCCUCCAAAACAUCACCUCCGGAUGCAGCAUAGAGCAGGGGGCCCGAGACCAAUCCACCGGCGGUAAACAGUAUGAGGAUGCCAUUGCCUGCUGUAUGUGCACGGCCCGAGCUCUGUGCGUGGCCUUGGCGCGGUGCAGGGGGGUCGGUCCGGACCGCGGGGCUGGUGGCAGCCACAACUCUCAGACUUUACCAAUUACUAAGACCAGCAAUGUCAAACCGAAUCAAUCAUACACUACGAUGAUGUAUAACUAAUAUGAGAAAUGAAAACUAUACUAAAAUAAACGGAAAGUUUCUGAAUACUCGCGACGAGAAGAAAGA